AUGAAUAAAAGUCACAAAGGUGGUAGAUUACUUAAGAAAAAAAUAUUAUAAGAAGUAUAGGAAAAAGAUGAUUAUUAUGACGACGAAGAUUUAUUAACUAAUGAAGAAUUAAAAAUGAUGUAAGCAAAUGCAAAAAAUGCUAAGAAUAAGAUCUAAAUUAGAGUUAAAUCAGAUAGUUUAUUAAAUGAAUAUUCGUACAAAUAAAAAAUGUUAGGAAAAACGAAUAACUCCUUCUACUAAAAUAGAAAUGGCAUUAAUACAAAAAAAAUGAACAAUUAAACUACUUAUAAAUCUGAUAAAUUAAUUUUGGAUGAAGAAGAAGAUGAAGAAGAAGAAAAUGUAUUAAGAGAAUUAAACGUUAUUGAUGUUAAAGAUAUUUUAGAAGAUGCACGUAGAAAAUCAGAAGGUAAUAAUAACUAGUAAAAAAAGAACUAAGAUGCUCUAUGCUUAAUAUUAGCUCAAAUGCUUCUUAAAAAUAAAAUAAACAAAGAAAAUGCCUUCGAAAUACCUCUUCCAGAUGUUAAGAAUAUGUCUGAUUUUGCAAAGGUAAGCGAAGCUUCUUGGUAGAAAUUAUCUAGCUCUAUCGAUUCUGGUUCGAAGAUAUAUGGAUAUAGAGUAGAUAGCUUGCACUAAGAAUCAUUUAAGAUGCUUAGUGGUUUGAUUAGAUCUGAGUUUAUUAACAAAGAUGAAGAUCAUCAUGGCAAAUAAGAGCAAGACAGUGAAGACCUUAUUAAUAAAGAAAGGGAAAAGAUAUUUAAGAAAAAUAAAAAGAUAAAUGAAUCUACCAUUGAAAAAAAUUUAUCUAACAUUACAUUGAAUAAGUAUGAUAUAUAGUUUGAAGUAGAUCCUUUAUUCUGCAAAACUAGUGAAAAAUUUGAUGAUAGCAGCUCUAAAGGAAUUCUUUUAAAUAAUAUAAAGAUAGACUCUAAUUUAAAAUUAUUAAUUGAUUCAGAAAAUUUUGUACACAAUCUACCUUAGGAUUCAAGUGCAAGAUAAUCUUUAGAUAAAGAUUAGCAAAAUACUCCUAUGAAGAAAAAAUCCGACAAAAAAAAAGUUAAAGGACUAUAUAAAAAUGAGAAAUUAUCUCUCUAGAAUAUUUAGAUAAGAAGUGAUUUAUACGAGCUAGAGCUCUGUAGUGGUUUAGAAAAUUUUGUAGGCAAUAUGCUAAACUUGGAAGAUUCUAACAAGAAAUUUAAUAGAACUGUAAUAGAAGAAAACGAUGAAGAAUAUCAGUAAGAUAAUGAUGAUUUGAACUCCCAUAAAAAAUUAGUUGAUGAACUAGUUAUGAAUUAAAAUGAACAAGAAUUAAUUAAUGAUAUUCAAAUGAUUUUAACUCAAACAGCUAAGAAAGGAAAAACUGCCAUGAAAAUGAGUUAAAAGAGCAUAUUAAACGAAUCUCAAGACAGUGCAUUUCAUUAAGAAAACCAAAUUAUCUCAACAAAUAUGAGUCCUUUUUAAGAUAUAUAAUUUAACUCUUAAAAUCAAAAAAGCGAAUAUUUAAGUGAAAAAUUAAGAUAAAGUUAAUUUCUUAAUAGUACCAAUAAUUAAAUGGAAGUUAUUAAUGAAGGGAUACUCUGUAAUGAUAACCCAUAAGAUUAUUAUUAGUAAUGUGAUGAUGAUGUCCCUAAUUAUAGCUCAAAUUAAUAUAAAUUAUUGACAGAUGAUUUACCCAGCAAAGAAUCAUCAAAUGGAUUUACUAAUUCAUUUACUAACACAAUAGGUGAUUUUGAGUAACCAGAGGACAGAUUAUUUUCUUUAUAAAAUAUGGCUAUUAGAAUGACUUAAAUUGGAAGUGGAUUAUUCUUUAAUCAAAUUGAAAAAGAUAAAACUUAAUGGAUGAAUCCUAUUGACUGGAAAAUUUUAAAUUAAAAGAAAAAUAAUAUCAUGGUUGCUGAAAUUCCAUAAACAGAAAGGAAUAGAACAAAAAGAAAAAAUAAUUAAAAAGAUUCUGAAUUUAGAUUUGAUUUCUUUGAUGAGCAAGAGUACAAAAUCGAAGAAGUAAAAGGAAAAAAUAAAAAAUAAAGAUCUGCAUUUAAGAUUUUUGAUACAGAAAUCACACAUUUACAAUUAUUGAGCAUAGACUACCAUUACAAACCAUAAUGGCUUUUCAAGACAAGUUAUUUUGACUUGAAAGAAAUUGAAGAAUAAGAAAGACUUGCUUAAUAAAGAUUGUAAGAAGAGGAAGAGUAAUACAAAGGAUUCAAUGGUGACGAUGAGUAUGAUAUAAUAAACUAAAUUGAUGAAUAUACAUUAUUAGGAGCAACUCCGUUUAGAAAUACCUAAAUGGAGGUUAUGAAUGACAAUUACGAUUGCACUAAUACUUAAGCUAAUAAUAAUUUAUCUCAAUAAAAUGUAAAUACAUAGAUUACAAGUUAAUAUGAGCACACUCAAAGUUAUCCAGAAAGCAAAAAUCAAUAAAGAAAAAAAUAAAAUGUUAGAAAAAUGAAAAUAUAAGAACUUAAAUAGAGAAUUUGGAUAAAUUUAUAGGACAAGAUUUAAGACCAAGUUGAGAUAUCUUAUACUGACUUGAUUAAUCAGCUUUAACUUCAAAAGUAAGAAUAGGCCUCUAUCUAAAGUUGUCUUGUUGCUAUACUACACUUGUGCAAUGAAAAUAAUCUGCAAUUAUAUAAUAAUACCUAAGAUAAUUUUCUCAUCAAAAGAAAUACUAUCUAAGAAUAACAAUUGCAAGAAAUGUCUUAAGAUUGA